GCAGCAGGUCACAACGUACAAGUGAAACGAGCCGCUCUCCCGUCAGUGACCCGGGGCGUGAACGUGGAUGUUUCCCUUGCUCAUCCCGUGAACCGCCACGAAGAACUCGUUUUUAGUCCAUGCUCGCACGUGCUUGACGUAAUCUAUCGCCAUAUUAAAUGCUCUGUUGCCCCUUGUGUUUGAGUGGACGAGCGGCCGGCGAAGGACUGACAGGCGGCUUCUUCUUUUUGUGUGUGUGCCAAGUGAUAGACACGAGAUACCGAGGCGUGUUCACGUACCGCGGAUGUCCCCGGGAAAAAGAAGAAGAAGGGGCUUCCUCUCGCUUCACGUCGCGCGUGGAUGUGACUCUGUGCCUCCGGUCGGGUUCGGGACCUGGCGAGUUUCGCGGGUCUCUCGCUAGCUGUUGAACGGCCAGAUGGACGAUUGAACAAUGGCCGUUGAGUCCUUUUAGUUUUGCUCGCGUGCUUUAACCCGAAGGUCUGUGGUGCUUUGGGUUUUUUUUAAAGGAAAAAAAACUGCGGACAUUGAACGCAUUUUUUUAUUUUUGCGAAGCCGGCGUUACGCUGGUUAAACCCGCAGGAUCAAUUCAGGCGCGGCCAGCUAACAAUGCGGAUUACCUCCGGACCCGUUUGGCUUUGUGUCAAUACACACUGUUUGUAUAAAGUUUGAGAGAACACCUGCUGGAAGAACACCCGGAACCGUUUUCUGUAAAAAAAAUUCUAAGGCAGUCCCUUAUUUUCAUUGUCCCGGGGGGAGACGGUUCGGUGACGGGAGGUCCGGUUCCCGCAUGUGCGCAGGCUCCCUGCUGUGAGACCGCAAACUGGCCGACAAUCGAGCAACGGGGACCGCGAUGGCCAACGACUCCGUACAAAGCGACCCUGGUGGGCUGUCGGUUCUGGAGCAGCUCGGCCUGGACCAGAACUCAGAUUUCUCCGAUACCGGCGUGCAGCAGCUUUUGGACGAGCAUCGCGAAAGGAUCCGCAGAGAGAUCCGCAGAGAGCUGAAAAUCAAGGAGGGAGCUGAGAACCUACGGAGGGCGACGACCGACAAGAGGAACGCGCAGCAGGUGGAGAGCCAGUUGCGAUCUUCAAAUCGCAAACUGGACGACCUUCAUGCUCAGCUGCAAGAACUGGACGCUCACAUUGUGGUGAAAGGGGGAGAAGAGAACAGAGAUGAGUGUCCCCAGUCUCCUGGGGCGGAGAGCCGUACGUCAGCCCACAAGGAACGCAUCGCUGCCCUGGAGAGACAGCUCAACAUCGAGCUCAAAGUCAAGCAGGGGGUCGAAAACAUGAUCCCCAUCUACGCCAACGGGUCCACCAAGGAUAAGAAGAUGCUGCAGACAGCCCAGCAGAUGCAGCAGGACAGCAAGACCAAGAUUGACAUCAUCCGCAUGCAGAUCCGCAAGGCUGUGCAGGCCACAGAGCACAACGAGGACACCCAGGGUAACCAGGACCUCUGUGGGAUGGAGCUGCGCAUUGAAGAGCUGAGGCAUCACUACAGAGUGGAGCAUGCUGUUGCUGAGGGGGCCAAAAAUGUGCUGAGACUCCUGGGGGCCGGCAAGGUCCAGGACAAGAAAGCCCUGUCUGAGGCGCAGUCUCGUCUGAGCGAGGCGUCCCAGCGCCUGGACCUGCUGAGGGACUCUCUGGACCAGCGUCUAGCAGAGCUGCCUGAGGACCAUCCCAAGGCCACGGUCAUCAAGGAGGAGCUGGUCCUGGCUUCCUCCCCAGCCUUCAGCUCUCGCCAUGGCGCCCCAUACCUCCACAACCAGUACAACACGCUCAACAAGCCCUCCCCUCUCACUGGUACGCUACAGGUGCAGGUGCUGGGAUGCGUGGGGUUGUUGGAGGUGGUCCCCGGUCGCACUAAAGGGGUCGCUGUCAUGCUGCCCUGCUACAGCCCCGGAGACACUCGCUCCUUCAUGAGGGGCAGCAAGGGGCUCUACGGCCGGAGCGGCUCGGUCAGCGGGAAGACCCCCAGCAAGGCAGAAGAGCUCUCAUCUGAGGUGAGUGCUGUGCUAAAGCUGGAUAACGGCGUUGUGGGACAGACAGCCUGGAAGACUGUAGGAGAGCAGGCCUGGGACCAGACCUUCACUGUGGAGCUGGAAAGGUCGAGGGAGAUGGAGAUUGCAGUCUACUGGAAGGACUACCGCUCGUUGUGUGCUCUGAAGUACCUGAAGCUGGAGGAGUUCCUGGACAACCAGAAACACAGAGUUCAGCUGGAGCUGGAACCUCAAGGGCUGCUGAUGGCCGAGGUAAUAUUUUUCAACCCUGUCAUUGAGAGAGUUCCUCGUCUCCAGAGGCAGAAGAAAGUCUUUUCUAAACAACAAGGCAAGGCCUUCCUUCGUGCACGCCAGAUGAAUGUCGACAUCGGGACGUGGGUGAGGCUGCUUCGAAACGCCAUUCCCACCGCCAACAACUCGGGAACCUACAGUCCCAACACACAGGGCCUGAUGCUCAGCGCCGGGGAGGUCUCGGUGGAGAAGUUGAAUUUGGACAGCGACUCUCCGAUGAGAGGCGAUUUCAAGAGAGACGUGGACGCACAGACCCCGGACCGACUGACCGUCAUCGAGCCCUUCUCCCCCCCAGACCUCACCCCCGAGUGCCCUGUGCGAACCCAGUCCAUUGGCAGUAAGCAGAGGAAAGGUCCUCUGUCCCUCCAGGACUUCCGGCUGAUUGCUGUGCUGGGCAGGGGACACUUUGGGAAGGUGUUGUUAUCAGAAUACAAGAAGACGGGCACGAUGUACGCCAUCAAAGCCCUGAAGAAAGGCGAUAUUGUUGCUCGGGAUGAGGUGGAAAGUCUGAUGUGCGAGAAGCGCAUCUUUGAGGUCGUGAACAUGUCGCACCACCCCUUCCUGGUCAACCUGUUUGCGUGCUUCCAGACUCCACAGCAUGUGUGUUUUGUCAUGGAGUACACGGCAGGAGGCGACCUGAUGAUGCACAUCCACACAGACGUCUUCACCGAGCCGCGAGCCGUGUUUUACGCAGCCUGCGUAGUUCUUGGACUUCAGUUUCUCCAUGACCAUAAGAUUGUGUACAGAGACCUCAAGCUCGACAACCUGCUGCUAGACACCGAUGGUUAUGUGAAGAUCGCUGACUUUGGACUGUGUAAAGAAGGAAUGGGCUUCGGGGACCGGACCAGUACCUUCUGUGGGACUCCAGAGUUCUUAGCCCCGGAGGUCCUAACGGACACGUCCUACACCAGGGCAGUAGACUGGUGGGGGCUGGGUGUCCUCAUCUAUGAAAUGUUGGUGGGAGAGUCUCCAUUCCCGGGCGAUGACGAAGAGGAGGUGUUUGACAGUAUUGUAAAUGAUGAAGUCCGCUAUCCACGCUUCCUGUCUACUGAGGCUAUCGGCAUCAUGAGGAGGCUGUUAAGAAGGAACCCAGAGAGACGACUUGGAUCUGGUGAAAAAGAUGCAGAAGAAGUGAAAAAGCAGCCGUUUUUCAGACACGUGGACUGGGAGGCGCUGCUUCAGAAGAAGGUGCCCCCUCCCUUCAUCCCCUCCAUUGUCGGCAAGGAAGACGUCAGCAACUUUGACGAGGAGUUCACCGCCGAAGCCCCGGCGCUGACGCCGCCGCGUGAGCCUCGCGUGCUCUCCCGCAAAGACCAGGAGAGCUUCUGUGACUUUGACUACGUCUCUGACCUCUGCUAGUGGGCUCACAGACCUCAAGAGGAAUGUUCCGCUUGGGAAGCCUUCACGGCGGUCUGAGCGGACCGACGGCCUUUACUGACCGCGCGGCAGCCCCCAUUUUACACUGAGAAUGAAUGCGGAGAAGCCGGGGGGGGGAGUGUGUGUGUGUGUGUGUGUGUGUGUGUGUGUGUGUGUGUGUGUGUGUGUGUGUGAGACUGCAGGGGUUUUUAAAGAUGGAGGACUGAGAAAAUAAAAGCACGGACAGAGAAGAUGGUGACAUUUCACGACAAGGUGAAAUGUGGGAGAAACUAAACAAAGUCCCCCCCCUCAAACCAUUGUUACAACACACCACGGACUCGUGUAGCCUUUUAAAAUGCCGCCUCCCCUUUGUCUUCAUGAGCAGCUGUGAGAGGACUGUUGGGGAGGCGGCGGGGUUCAAGUCCACUCAUACCAAUGCCUUACAUUUGUAUUUGAUCCACAGAAAAGCAUUUUGUUUUUGCUUCACUGCCCUUUUGUACAGAGCAGCAGGAGCGCUGAACCCGAGAAGAGUGGAAACAGAAACGUCACAUUCAGAGUGGAUUUUCACUCAGCAGAUCACGAUUAUGACGACCGGCAGUCAGGCUCACCGUCGCUUGGCAGAUUGUGUUACCUUGUGAGGUACAAAGAAACCAACUUUUCUUUAGAACUACUUGUUAAAUGUGUGUGCUGAUCUGAUUUGAAUUGCCUUUUUAAAUGCCACAAACAUUACAUUAGCAAUUUGUAAAGAAGUCUUGUUUUAUGAAGGUCACCUUCUCCGUGCUUUACUCGAUACCCACCAGACUUUUGAAUCGGAUAACCCGUUAUACGUAGUUUGAUAUAAAACUGGUGUAACAGACACAGAAUCACAACGAUCAGCGUAAAAGCUACAUGGAAACCAGGUGAUGGUAUCUUUUUAUCUUUUUUAGAGAGAAAAAACAACACUAAGACUUGAUGUACGAGUAACGUUUGGAUGUCUGUCCACUGGUGAGACGCAGCUGUCGUCGUCAUGCUUUGAGAGUUUUGUGAACAUUAAGUAAUUUCCCUCCAAGACACUUUUAUCUGACUGUAGACUCGACAAACGGCGCUGGAACAGUUCUUUCAGCGUCUGAUUGAAGGACUCCUCUCCGCUACGAGAUCCCAGUAAAACAAGUUUUCCUGGCAAUACGUUUCUAAAUGGGCAAUAGAAUUUGAAACGGGAUAAUUAAUGUGAGAAAAUAUGAGCCAGUGGUAAUAAACUUCUGUAACAUUUUACCAUCUUUGUUGAGGUUUGUUGUGAAGCUAUGUAUGUAUGGUGCGUGGAUUCUACUUAUCCUGUGUAUGACUUCACAAAACCAUGUGCGUGGAUGAGACUUAUUUUAUAAAGAAAAUCUGGUGUGAA